GCCAGACGUGUACGUACCGGUACGAGGUUGAGUUCGACUACAAAGUAGUAAGUUAUUCUUUAUCUUAGAUCUUCUUUGGGAGUUAGUAGCCAAGAGUUCUGUUAAUGCAUCACCGUCCAUCAAAGUGGAAUGGCUUCAAUAUGGAGAGCAUAUCUAGGACUGCUUAAUAAGUAUCCCUUUCGUACACAAGCAGUAACAGCAGGUGUGCUAUUCUUCACGUCAGACUGCAUCUCUCAGCAGGCGGUAGAGGGGAUAGGAUGGAAGAAUCAUGAUAAAAUAAGGACUGUCAGACAAACUGCAUUUGGGUUGUGCUUCGCAGGUCCAACUUUAUUUGCAUGGUACAAGCUCCUCAAUAGAAUCUACCCUGGCUCUGGGAAGCUGACCCCUCUAUGGAAGAUGCUUACAGAUCAAAGUGUGUGUGCGCCAACCUUUCUCGUUGCGUAUUUCUCAAUCGUUGCCUUGACAACAGGGAAGAAAGUGGAUGAAGUCCCUGCCAUUGUGAGAAGGGAUGUACCUAGUACCUAUGCUAAAGGGCUGAUGAUCUGGCCGGCAAUACAACUUGUCAAUUUCUACUAUGUGCCUCUUCUACACAGAGUGAUGGUUGUCAAUGUAGUUAAUAUUGUGUGGACCACCUAUUUAAGCUGGAAAGCAAACGCUGCCGAGAAUAGAAUAUGACAUCCACCUCUAGACCUACCUACACUGAUCUCAAGACAUAUUCAAAUAUAAUGAUGCACGGUGAUGAAAAGAUGUACUACCAGUAUGUGCCCAUGUACGUUGUGAUUCCAAGAUUUAUUGAGAUGGUGUUUUUUUUGGGAUGGCCAUAGCUCAAAGGAAAACUCCACCUUGAUCAUGAUCCAACAUGAUAUUCACAAGCCCAAAUCGCCAGUUGGUCAAUUGUUUUACAGAAUGCCGUAACUAAUUAUCUUCAUAAGUGUUAACAAUGGUUCAUAAUUUCAUCAUAUUUGUUUGAAUUUCAACAUUUUAUUCAUUUAUAUCUAUUUACCGAGGUGAGAUUUUCCUUUAUGUUUUGCAAGCCAUCUGUACUCUCGAAUUAUAUGAAUGAUUCAGAAUGAUACAGUAUUGUAUUUACACCCUGUUUUAGAAAAUUGUUGUUGUAUUUCAUACAUUUUCAUACUUUUCUUUUUAGAUACAUGUAAGAUGAGAUUUCCUUUUGCGGUUUGGAAGCCAUUUAUACUCUCCAUAAAAUAACUAGGAAUGAUACCAAAUUACGGUUUGUGUUACACAUGGUUCUAGCUAUCCUGGGGAUCAGAAAAAAUGGUCAGGGAAACUUGAGAAAUAUAACUCGGAUCAUGGACCAAUCUGGGAAUUUUAUUGACCGAAGAAGAAAUUACUUGGUCUCUUUAAUGUUGUCUUGCAUUCAAACAGCUAGUUUAUCCACUAGGUGACUGGUUUUCAUACAUAAAUAGAAAUAAAUAUCCUGAAAUUUGGAAAUUGAAUCAGGGAAAUUUAACAUUUUGUUUUCAUGAAAUGCUGGGACCUUUUACAGACAGGUCAAGUUUUAGUACCUUUUAUUUUUAUUUGAUUUGAACUCAGUACAAUAGAUGAGCGAUUAUUCAUUCAAUUGUAUUUUUUAGAUUGAUUUAUCUGAUGUCCAGUGUAAGUUCAUAUUGUCAACCAAUCUUCAUUGGUGUGCUCUUCAUUAGUCCAAACUAAUUCAUAAGACUUGUCUAAAAUGAACAGCUUUAAGAUGUCACAAAUACACAUUCCUUGAAAGGGUAAAAAAUAAAAACAAAUUUGCAAAUGUUA